UUUUUUUUUUUUAAAUUUAUGUUAGAAAAUUAUCAAUUUUACUGUAGAAUUGAAAUCUACAGUAGUGUAUUUCAAACAUAUCGGUGUUCCUAUGUAUACGCAGUAGUAUAGAAUUGUUGGUGCUCAUAUAUAAAAAGGGUAUUUCGAUAAAUAAAUAUUAUUUUAUAAAAAAUAUGUAAAUAUAUAUUAUUUUUAAUACAUCAAAUCAAACACUGUAUAAGAAAUAAUGUCUGCAUAAUUUAUAUCAGCAUUACUAAUACUUACAUUAAUAAUACAAAUAUUACUAAUAUACCCUAUUCAGCAUUAUUCUUAUACACUCUACCAAACUACCCUUAGAACUUGUUUAGUAUACAUACACACUCAUUUUUUUCAAUAAAGUUGCAGAGCGCGCCUUAUUUUUGUGCACGGCCGAAAGAGGGUUAUUUUGGUAAAUAAAACAAAAGAGGUGAUCGUGGGGGCGGUUCAAAUUCAGCAUUGUGCAAAGUUCCUAGUGCCAAGUGAGCGGUGUCUAACGAAAAAAACAAAAAUGGCCGGAGACGGGUUGAAGGAGGCUAUUAACGGCGGAGCAUCGGCGGCGGAACCGCAGUAUGAGGCGGCGAAAACAUCGGUAUGGUGGGAUAUAGAGAACUGUCAGGUGCCAAGGGGAUAUGAUGCUCAUUUAAUCGCUCAGAAUAUAAGUGCGGCAUUGAUGAAAUUGAACUAUAAUGGACCUGUUACUAUUUCUGCUUAUGGUGAUACUAAUGGCAUUCCUUCGAUUAUUCAAAGAGCCCUGUCUAGUACUGGAAUCGGUCUCAAUCACGUACCGGCUGGGGUAAAGGAUGCUAGUGAUAAGAAAAUUUUGGUGGAUAUGCUAUUUUGGGCAGUGGACAAUCCAGCACCUGCCAAUUAUUUGCUCAUUUCAGGAGACAGGGAUUUCUCCAAUGCCAUUCAUCAGUUACGGAUGAGGAGAUAUAAUAUUCUUCUAGCACAACCUUUUCAAGCUUCUCCUGCUCUUGCUGCUGCUGCCACAAAUGUGUGGCAAUGGACAAGCCUUGCUGCUGGAGGACCUCCACGAGAACUUGCUUUUGGUACUAACACAUUACGUCAAGAAUCCAUACCAACUCCAAUUUCUGAACCUAUAUCAGCGAAACAACUUGCUUAUUCCAAUGCUAAUGCCAUUAUUAAUACCAAUGCCAAUGCCAAUGCUGAUACCAAUAUCAAUGACCAUGCUAAUGCUACCGGGGCCCAAAGUUUAUCUAAUCCCGGACUCUAUUUUGAUACUAAAAUUAAAGUUAUUUACGUACCUAAGAACUCGAAUCAACUGACUAUGACCAGCAUGAAAAGUGUGCCAGCUAGAAUUGAAGAAGCUAGUAGCAGCUAUCGCCAACUCGCACCAGCUGUUGCACCACAUCAAUUUUUUGCUAAGUGUGAUAGUCCAGAGAACCGUAACAAUAAAAUCAUAGAAAAUAAGCCUGAUCAGCGUACUCAAUCUCAACCUCCUCCUGUUCCAUAUAACAUUGUGAAAUCAAACUCUCGCCAGAACAAUUUGCAACCUCCGCUUCAACGACCUGAAGGUUCUGCUGAUUUUUCUACACCAUGUGCACAUCAUCCUAAUGCUGGCAUAGGUAGGUGUGAUUUAUGUGUUUCUAUGAAGAAGGGUGAUGUACGUCCUGAGUUUUCCUUCCUUCCAUCCUCAUUGGGGGUUUCUAGAUCUGUAUGUGGUAAUUCAGAUUUGGAUCUACAGUUGCCUGAACACAUUCAAGGUCUUAUAAAGGUCGUCUUUCUUGCGUUAAACACUUUGAAGCUCGAGAAGAUUGUCCCUACCAAAGAAAAUAUUGGUUAUUGUAUACGUUAUGGUAACCCUAAAUAUCGGCUUACUGAUGUUACAGUAGCCUUAAAUACUGCACUAGACCAACAAAUGAUAGUAAAGUUAGGACAAGUUGAUUUUGAGCUAUAUGUUGGUAGGACUGAGAGGAUUUGGAAAUGUGAGAAUCCACUUGGUGGCAAUCCUGACCAGUAUCAGGAUUCAACUUGGAAUGCAACUGAGAAAUUCCUUUGUUCAACUGUUGGACAUUCAGCAAUGGAAGCAUCGGAAUCCAGGUAUGAAGCCGCUUUGAUUCUUAGAAAUGCAUGCCUUAAAGACCUUACAUUGGGUGAAGUACUUCAAAUCCUGAAUAUGAUUAUCACUGUGAAGCGAUGGAUUAGAACUCACUCUGAUUGGCAACCAAUUACUAUCACUCUCCCAGAAACUAAUAAUGAUAAGGAUACCAGAACAGGUACCUAGUUGAGAGAGAUCUUUCAGUAUUUUAGCAUGUCAUAGUCAUGACAUGUUUUCAGAAUGGAUCAGAUAUCUUGGAAUUAAUUGAUUUUAGAAGCAGCUCAAUUUCAUAUUAGACGGUAUGUUCAGUGCCAACUUGAUGACACUAGCAUAGGAGUGAGAUCUCUUUUUUCUUGGGACUGCUUUUCAAGACACUUGCAGCUGAUAAGUGGGCAGCUUUGAAACCAUGGACAACCUUAUGUUAAAGGGAUGGCAUUGUUAUCAUGCUUCUAUCCACCUAACUAUGCUGAUGGAUCUCGUAAACUUUCAUUCCAGCAGCAUGGUUGUUACUUUUCUAAACUUCUUCAUCUUAAAAUUCUGUUCGCUGGAAAUAUUGUUUACAAUAGAAAGUCUACUACUGCUUUCAGAUUACUAGGAUUUGGAGCAUUCAGGAAGAAUGUGUUUAGGUUACCUGGUGAUUAGAAAACCGGCCAGAAGCACAAAGAUUUCUGGUUGCAGGUUGACGGAAAUAUUUUGUAGUCACUGUUAUUGUUCUAGCCAGAAUAUAAUUCUAGAGUAGUAGCUUAGAAUGUACAUCCAGUAAGCCUUGGUUUUUGGUUCUUAUGAUCACAAAGAACUUUGUCAAAUGGAGUAUGUAGAUUUACUUGAUGGGCAUUUUCAACAGUCUCUUCCUUUCGCCUCUUCUUUUUGUUUCUUGGAGCUUAUGACUAUAAAGUACUUUUGCAGACAGAAUAUCUUUAGAUUUACUUGGCAGGCACUUGCAUUUGUUUUCA